AUGAGCCGGCCCCCGGCGACGGGGAAAAUGCCCGGCGCCCCCGAGGCCGUGCCGGGGGACGGGGCGGGCGCGAGCCGCCAGAGGAAGCUGGAGGCGCUGAUCCGAGACCCUCGCUCGCCCAUCAACGUGGAGAGCUUGCUGGAUGGCUUAAAUUCCUUGGUCCUUGAUUUGGAUUUUCCUGCCUUGAGGAAAAACAAGAAUAUAGAUAAUUUUUUAAAUAGAUAUGAGAAAAUUGUGAAGAAAAUCAGAGGGCUACAGAUGAAGGCCGAAGACUAUGAUGUUGUGAAAGUUAUUGGAAGGGGGGCUUUUGGUGAAGUGCAGCUGGUUCGUCAUAAGGCAUCACAGAAAGUUUAUGCUAUGAAGCUUCUUAGUAAGUUCGAAAUGAUAAAAAGAUCUGAUUCUGCUUUUUUCUGGGAAGAGAGAGAUAUUAUGGCCUUUGCCAACAGUCCGUGGGUGGUUCAGCUCUUUUGUGCUUUUCAAGAUGAUAAGUAUCUGUACAUGGUAAUGGAGUACAUGCCUGGUGGAGAUCUUGUAAACCUUAUGAGUAACUAUGAUGUACCUGAGAAAUGGGCCAAAUUUUAUACUGCUGAGGUUGUUCUUGCUCUGGAUGCCAUACACUCCAUGGGCUUAAUUCACAGAGAUGUAAAGCCUGACAACAUGCUCUUGGAUAAACAUGGACAUCUAAAGUUGGCGGAUUUUGGCACAUGUAUGAAGAUGGAUGAAACAGGCAUGGUGCAUUGUGAUACAGCAGUUGGAACACCUGAUUAUAUUUCACCUGAGGUUCUCAAAUCACAAGGGGGUGAUGGUUACUAUGGGCGAGAAUGUGAUUGGUGGUCUGUGGGUGUUUUCCUUUUUGAGAUGCUGGUGGGGGAUACUCCGUUUUAUGCAGAUUCACUUGUAGGAACAUACAGCAAAAUUAUGGAUCAUAAAAACUCACUAUGUUUCCCUGAAGAUGCAGAAAUUUCUAAACAUGCGAAGAAUCUCAUUUGUGCCUUCUUAACAGAUAGGGAAGUACGACUUGGGAGAAAUGGGGUAGAAGAAAUCAAACAGCAUCCUUUCUUUAAGAAUGACCAAUGGAAUUGGGAUAACAUAAGAGAGACGGCGGCUCCUGUAGUACCUGAACUCAGCAGUGACAUAGACAGCAGCAAUUUUGAUGACAUUGAAGAUGAUAAAGGAGAUGUAGAAACCUUCCCAAUUCCUAAAGCUUUUGUGGGAAACCAGCUGCCUUUUAUAGGAUUUACCUACUAUAGAGAAAAUUUGUUAUUAAGUGACUCUUCACCUUGUAGAGAAAAUGAUUCAGUACAAUCAAGGAAAAAUGAAGAAAGCCAAGAGAUUCAGAAAAAAUUAUACACGUUAGAAGAACACCUUAGCACUGAGAUGCAAGCCAAAGAGGAGCUAGAGCAAAAGUGCAAAUCUGUUAAUACUCGCCUUGAGAAAGUAGCAAAGGAACUAGAGGAAGAGAUUACUUUAAGGAAAAGUGUGGAAUCAGCGUUAAGACAAUUAGAAAGAGAAAAGGCACUUCUUCAGCACAAAAAUGCAGAAUAUCAGCGGAAAGCUGAUCACGAAGCAGACAAGAAACGAAAUUUGGAAAAUGAUGUGAACAGUUUAAAGGAUCAACUUGAAGAUUUGAAAAAAAGAAAUCAGAACUCUCAAAUAUCUACUGAGAAAGUGAAUCAGCUCCAGAGACAACUGGAUGAAACCAAUGCUUUGCUGAGAACAGAAUCUGAUACUGCAGCCCGAUUAAGAAAAACCCAGGCAGAAAGUUCAAAACAGAUUCAGCAGCUGGAAUCUAACAAUAGAGAUCUUCAAGAUAAAAAUUGCCUGCUGGAGACUGCCAAGUUAAAACUCGAAAAGGAAUUUAUCAAUCUUCAGUCAGUUCUAGAAUCUGAAAGGAGGGACCGAACCCAUGGAUCCGAGAUAAUUAAUGACUUGCAAGGCAGAAUAUCUGGCCUAGAAGAAGAUUUAAAGAAUGGCAAAACCUUAUUAGCAAAAGCAGAGAUGGAGAAGAGACAACUACAGGAGAAACUUACUGAUUUGGAAAAGGAAAAGAACAACAUGGAAAUAGAUAUGACGUACCAACUAAAAGUUAUACAGCAGAGCUUGGAACAAGAAGAAGCUGAGCAUAAGGCUACAAAAGCACGGCUGGCAGAUAAAAAUAAGAUUUAUGAAUCCAUUGAAGAAGCAAAAUCAGAAGCCAUGAAAGAAAUGGAGAAAAAGCUCUCGGAGGAAAGGACGUUAAAGCAGAAAGUGGAGAACCUGUUGCUGGAAGCUGAGAAGAGAUGCUCCAUAUUUGACUGUGACCUCAAACAGUCACAGCAGAAAAUAAAUGAACUCCUUAAACAGAAAGAUGUGCUAAAUGAGGAUGUUAGAAAUUUGACAUUAAAAAUAGAGCAGGAAACUCAGAAGCGCUGCCUUACACAAAAUGACUUGAAGAUGCAAACACAGCAAGUUAACACACUAAAAAUGUCAGAAAAGCAGUUAAAACAAGAAAAUAAUCAUCUCAUGGAAAUGAAAAUGAGCUUGGAAAAGCAGAAUGCUGAACUUCGAAAAGAACGUCAAGAUGCGGACGGGCAAAUGAAAGAACUUCAGGAUCAGCUUGAAGCAGAGCAGUAUUUCUCAACCCUCUAUAAAACACAGGUGAGGGAACUUAAAGAAGAAUGUGAAGAAAAGACCAAACUUUGUAAAGAAUUACAACAGAAGAAACAGGACUUACAGGAGGAAAGGGACUCCUUGGCUGCUCAACUGGAGAUCACCUUGACCAAAGCAGAUUCUGAGCAGCUGGCUCGUUCAAUUGCUGAAGAGCAGUAUUCUGAUUUGGAAAAAGAGAAAAUCAUGAAGGAGCUUGAGAUCAAAGAGAUGAUGGCUAGACACAAACAGGAACUCACUGAAAAAGAUGCUACAAUUGCAUCUCUUGAAGAAACAAACAGGACACUAACUAGUGAUGUCGCCAAUCUUGCAAAUGAGAAAGAAGAAUUAAAUAACAAAUUAAAAGAUGCCCAAGAACAGCUGUCACGGCUGAAGGAUGAGGAGACCAGCGCAGCCGCUAUUAAGGCACAGUUGGAGAAGCAGCUGCUCACAGAGCGAACACUCAAAACUCAAGCUGUGAAUAAGUUGGCUGAGAUCAUGAAUCGAAAAGAACCCGUCAAGCGUGGUAGUGACACUGAUGUGAGGAGAAAAGAGAAAGAGAACAGAAAGCUGCAUAUGGAGCUUAAAUCUGAACGUGAAAAACUGACUCAGCAGAUGAUCAAGUAUCAGAAAGAACUGAACGAAAUGCAGGCUCAAAUAGCUGAAGAGAGCCAGAUUCGGAUUGAACUGCAGAUGACACUGGACAGUAAAGAUAGUGACAUUGAGCAGCUGCGGUCACAGCUCCAAGCAUUGCACAUCGGUCUGGAUAGUUCCAGUAUCGGCAGUGGACCAGGGGAUGCUGAGGCAGAUGAUGGAUUUCCAGAAUCAAGACUAGAAGGAUGGCUUUCAUUACCUGUACGAAACAACACUAAGAAAUUUGGAUGGGUUAAAAAGUAUGUGAUUGUAAGCAGUAAGAAGAUUCUUUUCUAUGACAGUGAACAAGAUAAAGAACAAUCUAACCCUUACAUGGUUUUAGAUAUAGACAAAUUAUUUCAUGUCCGACCAGUUACACAGACAGAUGUAUAUAGAGCAGACGCUAAAGAAAUUCCCAGGAUAUUUCAGAUUCUGUAUGCCAAUGAAGGAGAAAGUAAGAAGGAACAGGAAUUUCCAGUGGAGCCAGUGGGAGAAAAAUCAAACUAUAUUUGCCAUAAAGGACAUGAAUUUAUUCCUACUCUCUAUCAUUUCCCAACCAACUGUGAGGCCUGUAUGAAGCCACUGUGGCAUAUGUUCAAGCCUCCUCCUGCUUUAGAGUGCCGGCGCUGCCAUAUUAAAUGUCAUAAAGAUCACAUGGACAAAAAGGAGGAGAUCAUAGCGCCUUGCAAAGUUUAUUAUGAUAUCUCUACGGCAAAGAACCUGUUGUUGUUAGCAAAUUCUACGGAAGAGCAGCAGAAAUGGGUUAGUCGGUUGGUGAAAAAGAUCCCUAAAAAGCCUCCAGCUCCAGACCCUUUUGCACGGUCAUCUCCUCGAACUUCGAUGAAGAUACAACAAAACCAGUCUAUUAGACGGCCAAGUCGACAGCUUGCCCCUAACAAACCAAGCUAGCUGCCUUCUAUGAAUGCAGUCAUUAUUCAAGGAGAUCAUAUUCUUCCAGUUAAAACAAGACUGAAAUAUGAUGGCCCAAAAUUUCUUAAAAAGCUAUAUUUUCCUGAGAGACUGAUACUCACAUAUACACAUACAUACAUA